AUGGCUCCCGCCGACCAUAGGGCUAAGGCCACCCGAUACAAUUUUGCGGCAGCCUUCUACGUGGCCCUGGGUUCUUUUACAUAUGGCUUCAACUCGGAUAUCAUCAGGUCAGUGAUUGGAAUGCCGUCAUUCUAUAGCUACUUCGAUUUUGUAGCAACCGGUGUCUACAGUGGCUCCAUCAUUGACAAAUUCGGUCGCAAACUUGCAAUUCAGAUCAUUGCGGCAGUUUGCAUCAUGUCAGCAGCCAUCCAAGCUGGUUCUGUGCAUAUUGCGAUGUUCCUUGUUGGAAGAAUGCUGAAUGGUUUCGGCGUGGGGAUGAUCAACUGUGGCAUCCCCACAUACAUAUCUGAAAUCGCCCCUGCCGCUCAGAGAGGCCUCGUUGUGGGCUCUCACGGCUUUAUCAUCUGCAGCUCCUAUGCUAUGGCCGGCUGGGCUGGAUUUGGAAUCUACUACAAGAACAACCCUAACAUCCAGUGGCGACUUUUAGUUGCACUUCAAACUGUCGCUCCCAUACUACUGUUCAUUGGCAGUCCUCUGAUUCCCGAAUCUCCACGAUGGUUAAUUGAGAAUGGACGAGCACAAGAAGGCAUGGCUGCCCCCUACAGAUAA